AGUUUAAAAUGUUUAAGAAAUAAGUACAUAUAAUUGGUUCAGAGAGCCUUUUGCUUUUUCAAGCGUUGUAUAAAUGUGAAGACUGACACAACUUAUCACAUUUCUUACCACAUUUCAUGAUGAAGCUGUCUAUUUUACUAAGCGUGUAGCUAGAAGCCCGUGGAUCCCUCCUUUCCUGAGUUUCAUCUCCUUCAAAAAAUCCAAUUGCGCAAAUGUGCAAAAGUGUCGUCGUGAUGUCAGUCUUGACGGUAACAAGGUCUUGUUUUUCCCCAGAGUGCACACCUAAUAACGCUGCAAGAGAAUACCUCAUAAACGUACACCACUUGUAUGUAUCCAGCUUUCAUUGCUGUCUGCAGGAGCACGAAGCCAUAAAAACGAAGACGACACAAUGAUGCUCCGACAGCGACAUGGCCACCUUUCCAUUCUGACAUCCGUUUACCCAUGUAAGAAUAAGCCGACGUGUAGAGGUUGAAAAUGAAAAGAAAGAAGAAAAACUACCGUCAUCAUUACUCCAGCCGUUAUUUUCUUUAUGACACUCAAAUACUGGCUCGUUAUCCACAACAAGAUAUGGAACGACACUUAAUUCUUAUCGAGCAAAUCCCAGUUAUAGACUAUUAUGCAGUAACUCGACAUAUGCUCGCGAUGAUGACUGACGAGGUUUGUGACAGCGAAAUAGUCCACACUUUUGUAGAUACGACCAAUGUGCGAGUUGAUGCGCUUGACGCUGUUAAUACAAUGUUGUUCCAGAUUUGCAAAAAUAGAAUAAUGAAUCUUAGACGCAAGACCUCAAAGCUUUUGUAGAUGUUGACCAUUCAAAAAGAAGUUUUCCGAAGCAGCAACUUUCAUUUUGACGAGCGGUCAACUGACUUAAAACAACGUUCGGCAUCUCUCCCCACGCAGUAUACAGCCGAAUAUCGCACACGCCAGGUUGUCUUGCGCACGGUUCAUCAGCCCAACAAUUAUAUAUACCCUUUGAUAGAAUUCUUUGCUUUAAAAUAGGCUGCACCAGCGGUAUUGGUGUAAAAGCGGUCAGAUAAUCGAAACUUUGAUUUCGUUUUAGGAUCCGACCUCAAAACGAUCCCGCCGAGUAGUUGAUGAAAUUCAUUGGUUUCGGAAUGGCUGGGCCUACGACGAGAAGAGUUCUAAUUUUAGUGAAGCGAGAUGUGUUCUCCAUAUCGUUACCAAAACAAACUUUGGCUAUCGAUCGGGACCUCAUGCGUUCACCGUUACUAACAUCCCGUAAAAUGUGUCUUCCAGCAUCAAAGUCUGCACAUUCAUCAUAUUCAAAGUUUUCAUUUGAUUCGCAACGAUGCAAUUUCUCACUUCACUUCCGUUUGAUCUUCCGGACGUUCAUUGAAGCACAGGUCGGCGGGUUUAAACGUCUGUCAAACCUGACCAUGUCAAAAAUAGGGGUCUAUGAUACCCAGGUUCCUUAGACGUCACAGUAGAGUUCAUGAUCUAAUAUAUAUUAGUCGUGAGACUUUAGUAAGCCGGUACCUUGCGCGACUACGCUCUGCUGUUGUUGUAAGCAGGUGACAGUUGAUGCAGCCAUGUAAUCACUUCGGUGUGACUUGAAAAACGACCAAAACACACGAACACUUCUUUAAGCAAUCGUAAAAUGAUCGUGGUCACCGAUAACGCAAGACAAACUGGAUUGAACUCGUC